UUCACUUCAAAACAAUGUGAAAAAUAAAUUGAUACCCUACAUAGCUAAACAAUUAAUAAAAACUAAAUAAAGGAAUAUUAAACGUACUCUUAUUUCUGACAGAAACAGGUGCCACGGAACUUUCGAUUAAUUUUUUUUUUAUUUUUGUGUUAGUUACUAUAGUGGCAACUUUGCAAAUUAUUCCUAUAUACCAUUUUAAAUUUUGUACGAAAUAUCGAGAAAUGAAUUAAAAUUUUAAUUAUUCAAAGCUUUAGCUCAAAAGUUUUCGAGACAUGCGCAAUAAAUUUUAUCCCUACUACAAUUUAGAGUCAAGCAGUGGAAUAAAAAUUAUUUCAUCGAUAAGAGCUCGUAUUGUCAAGAGCGAUAAUGAAUCAGAAAAAGAAAAAAAAUAUUAAGACAAAAGGAACGAUCAAUUCAACAAUCUUUGACGAUAUUGAAUAUACUCAACAACUGUUGAGUAUAUUAGCGAUUUGGCCGCUAGUUUCAAAAUCAUCCACCAUAAAAAAAAUAAUUUCGGUCAUUCAUCUCUUAGUAAUAAUCGGUAGUUUAAUAUGGAAUAUUCUUUUUCGGUGUAUAUUCAUAUACAUUUAUGUGAAGAAAUUUGAUGAUCAAAUAAUGCUAAUCGGGCCUACUUUUUUCCGAGUGAUAAUUUUACUUAAAUAUUUGGCUAUUAUAUACCAUCGUCGAACAAUAAAAAAAAUAAUAGAACACAUACAAACUGAUUGGAAUAACGUAGAAUGUCAAGAGCAACAAAAUAUUAUGAUGAAAAAUGUACAAAUUAAUAGACAAGUAACUUUGGUUUUUGCAUUCCUCAUGUAUGUAAGUGGGGCCUUUUAUAACUUUGUGAUGCCUCAUAUAAUACCGUUAUUGACUCAUCGUGGUUCACGGAAUGCAACUCAACGAUUAACCAUUUUUCCUGGUUACAAUGUGCUUUUUGAUGUUCAAAAGUCACCGAUCUACGAAAUAACAUUUUUUUUCCAUAUAUUCAGUGUAUUUGCUGGUUUUUCGGUCCUUAUUUGCGCCUGUAAUCUUGCAAUUGUUUUGGUAACUCAUGCCUGCGGGCAAAUUCAAAUAAUAAUUAGUCAGCUAAAUUCCUUGAUUGAUAAUUUUAUGAAAGACGAAAACACUGUAUUUAUUGAAUUUGCAUCGUUAAUCCGCCGUCACGUAAGAGUCAUAAAAUUUUCCAACAAUAUUAUUAAAGAUGCUCUUUACGAAAUUUGUCUUGUCGAGAUCGGUGCAUCGUCAAUACUCAUAUGCAUAGUCGAGUUUCUUUUUCUUAAGAUGAUAGAAAAUAAAAAUUACGCAAACAUGGUACCAUAUGCUAUGCUUUUGGCAAGUUUAGUUGCGAGUAUACUUAUACUUUGUUAUUUUAGUGAACUUCUUGACAAUCAGUUCAUCGAAGCUGGAAUGCAAGCAUAUUUGAUUAAUUGGAAUCAACUACCACCAAAAGCGAGAACAUAUUUGAUUUCGAUUAUUAUCAUAUCUCAACGCUCAUAUAAAAUAACUGCUGGCGGGAUAAUUGAUCUAUCGUAUGUUGCUUUUGUGCAGAUUCUCAAAACAGGCUUUGCAUAUUUGCAACUUCUGAGAGCGACGAUGUAAAUACAGGAAAAAAAUUCCAAAAUUUUGUCUGACCAG